UACACUGUCCGCGAAGCGCGCGCUAGUCUGGUAUUGUUUCUCCGUGCACGCACUCGAUGAUCACGGUGCGGCAGUUCCUUGGACCCUUCUGCCCUUCUGGUGAUGUGAGUGUUUGUGGUGAAGUGUAAAUUAAAUGUACACAGCGCCAAACGAGUACGCUGCAGAGCGGAAAAACGAACCAGAAGCAAACAACAACGAAAGAUCCGUCAAUCAGCCAGUAAGUCCCGGGAGAGGUCACGCGCCAAAGGGUUUUUUGUUGUUGUUGUUGCUGCUGCUUCUUUGGUGUUCUGGUUCUCGGUAGGAAUGUGUGUGAUGAUAGGAACCCGGCUAAGGGACCGGCAAACCCGGAAUUGACGUGACGGCGUACGAGAUGGACAGUGACGGUUUCGUGCUUAUCAGUGGCUAUCGGCAGGCAAACGCACACAUUCGUGGCACUGCCGAACCAUAUAGUAGUGCGCUCUGCAGCUGAUGUGUUUGCGUUCCGUUGCACCGUUGCUGUUGCUGACGCGGAUAGUGAAAGAUACCCCUUUUCGGGAUCGGUUCGUUUCGGAAUGCUGCUCCUUGCCCCGGGGGCCAAGCUGUAAGAUAUCUUGUGCAGCGUGCAAAUAAUGCAAGUGCAUUACGACGACGGCAUGGUUUCAGUGCAACGUGGCUUACCGACGUGCUCAGCAAGUGUAGUAGUAUGACAUGUUCGCAUCCUAUCGCCCAAAGGCGAUCACAGUGCAAAUGGUAAUGAGUGACGACUGUACCCCGCAAAAAUUCACGCCCGUCGAUGACAUUUCCUGUGGCGAUUGACAUUUUUCAACGUGAUUAAAAAAAACACAGGCCCUACACCACCACUCUCGCUAUCGGAGUGGAGUCUAACCUACCCUGCCCCCACCCGGCAUCAGACCAGAGCAGUGUGGGCCGAUAAGAUACGAGAAUACUUUGGUACUGGGGUGGUUUCUUCGAUGUUUCGUCUGCAAUCAGUGUAAUGAGUACAGCUUUUGCGAACGCGUACACCCUUUAGCACGGUUCAGAUCAUUUUAGGGACGAAGAAGGGUGGGGAAAGAAAACCCCCGGACCCCCGGAACGGAUGCUUUUGUAUCACGUAUCAAAACAGUGUACGAAGAAUCUAAAGCUCCACACAACGAACCUGUUGUUUUGAAAGUGUUUUUUUUUCGUUUUGGUAUGAGAAUUUGUUUGAACGGUGGAGCAGACUGCUUACUAAAGAACUAAAACCCAACCGUCGAGACUCGUGCAAAUAUUUUUUGGAGCGUUCGUAAGAAGGACAAAACCGGCAGUAUGACGAUUACGGGAAGCAGCAAUGGUACUGGUGGAGGUGGCGGUAUGAGACCCCUGAAAGUGACGACCGUCGGGGAUGGUAUGGUCGGGAAGACCUGCAUGCUCAUCACCUACACGCAGAACGAAUUCCCCAGCGAGUACGUCCCGACCGUGUUCGAUAACCAUGCGUGCAAUAUCGUUGUGGAUGGUGGCGAUUAUGCGCUUACCCUUUGGGAUACGGCCGGACAGGAAGAUUACGAACGAUUGCGACCACUCAGCUACCCGAAUACCGAUUGUUUUCUCAUCUGCUACUCCAUAUCGAAUCGCACAUCUUUCGAUAACGUGCUGUCCAAAUGGUACCCGGAGAUAAGACAUUUUGCACCCUCCGUUCCAAUCGUGCUUGUCGGCACCAAGAGCGAUCUGCGGGUACCGGGAUCGGAAAAGUUCGUCACCACGCCCGAGGGCAAGAAACUAAAGCACAAAAUUAAAGCCUACGCGUUAGUGGAGUGUUCCGCGAAACGGAAGGUUAACCUCGCGGAAGUGUUUGACGAGGCGGUCAGGGCUGUGGAGAAGAAACCACAUGCGGGAUCUCGGAACUGUACGAUACUAUAGUUUAGACGUUAAGGUGUUUAGCGAAAUUUUGCUAGAUUGACCGGAAUGUUUUUUUUAAAGGGAUUGAAAGUUUAAACCUUGUACUCACGAAGCACUAAGCAAAUGCUCGUUUAGGCUGAAUUUUAAUCGACUGUUAGCUAAGGAAAAUGAUGUAAGUGUACUCGA